AUGGCGGGGCUGGAGCUCUGCGAGCCCACCGAGCUCUACAACCUCCUCAACCAGUACGCCGUGCUCUCCCGGCUCGCCGAGCCCCACUACCUCUGCUUGCUGGAUGCCCGUACUCAGCGUGAGUACGAUGAGAGCCAUAUUAUUACUGCACGCAAGAUUGAACAGAGUCCUACAGGGGAAUAUCUUGUACCGGAUUCAGAGGAGCUGGAGUGUGUUAGAUACUGUGUUGUGUAUGACUGCGAGACCAGCUCUUUGGAUCUCUGUGAUUAUGAAAAAGAGGAGAGUGAAAAAGGGGUCAGUGCUUCUUUAGAGAUCGAAAAUGCCGAGUCAAGUUCCUUAUGUUCAUUGAAUGCUGAGGAAGGAACUGCUGUCCGAUAUGGCAGAGACUUAGAACAGUUCACCCGCCACCCUGUGCUCAUCCUGAGGGGAGGAUACAAGCGUUUUUCAGCUUGCUAUCAUUUUCUGAGGACUCAGAAGUUAUUCUGGAUGCCUCAGGAACUAGACAACUUGCAGCCAUACCCUGUAGAGAUACUGCCUGCAAAGUUAUAUAUGGGCAAUUUCAAGCAGGCCUGUGACCAACAAAUUCUGAAGCAUUUGAAGAUAAAAGCGCAAGUCAACAUCUCCGAGCAGCAUGCAGCGUUGUUUGCAGAAGACAAGCUCCUCCAUAUAUCUGUUCCAGACUCUCACAAUGCAGAUCUUUUCUCUUCCUUUUCCACCAUUUGUCAUUUCAUAGAUGCUCAGUUGAAUUAUGGAGCAGUGCUGGUGUUCUCUAGCCUGGGGAUAAGCCGGAGCAGCACAGUAAUCAUGGCCUAUCUUAUGCAUUCCUCACAAUUUUCCCUGAAGGAAGCUUGGAAAUAUGUUCAGAAAUGCAAAACAAACAUGAGACCAAACCGGGGCUUUGUGAAACAGCUUUCAGACUGGGAGACCCAAAUCUUUGGGACAACAAUCACAAAUAUCUCUGAACCAAAUUAUUGACAGGCUGCAAAGAGAACAUCCAGCAGGGAAAGAUGUUUUCCUGUUCAUGCCAAC